ACGGAAUACUUCAAAGAAGAUAAACCAGAGAACUGCAUGCAAGGUCAUCAGGUUAAAAACAGGUAGUUGGUACAGUUAUUAAUCGUCAACUCGUUGACAAAAAUGAAGAGAUGCAGCUUUCUCAUACUUUUCGUGUCAGUGCUCCUUUGCAGUUUGUUUGCCGAAUCAACCAUAUACAGAGUAGCUCCGUACAAAAAUAGUAGCAGCUGCUAUGACGAUUUAAAGUGUAUUGAUUUUCUAAGUUUCCUGCUUCAAAACACGAGCAGUAAGAUAGACUCACACUCAAUUUUGGAAUUCUAUCCCGGCAAAUACUCCAUUGAUACCAUCGAUUUAGAACAUGGAGUUUAUGAACUUGAAUUAACCUCACUAGACAACGUUACUAUCACUUCAACAGAAAUUGGACAGAAAGCUACCAUAAACUGCAGUAAAGGAUUAAAGGUUAUUUGGAUUGUUAAAUACAGUCGAAACAUUCAUAUCCAAGACAUAGAAAUGAUUGAAUGCAGUGGACAUUUCACAGCACUUGAUAACUCGAAUCUCUUAUUGGAAUCCCAAUUCCGUAAUACACCCACUGCAAUACUACUAGUACAGAACAUAAAUGUCUUUCUCAAAAAUGUACGGGCAAAUAGUUUAAAUGGGUCAGUAUUUCGCAGUAUCGAUACAAGAGGAAACUUGAACAUUUUAAGUAGUUCACUGCAGGGAAGCACUGAAAUUGUAUAUUCCGAUGGAUUCUCUUCAAGAGGUGUUACUCACAUUACAAUAAAUAGCUCAAUAGUAUAUCCUGGAAUAUACUACAAGAAUAACAACAAAAGGCUUCAGCAAGGCGUGAUACUUCAACUGCGAAAUCAUAUAACAGCAGAUAUAAUCAUUUUUAAUACUUCUUUCCUUGGCCGUGAAAAAAUACUAGGAUUUUUGCUAGAUGUUACGAGCUAUGCAUAUUAUCUUGAAACAUGCUCUCUUUUUUCUAUCUACAUAUCUCACUCACGCUUUUUCUAUGGAGGAAUGGCAAUAGGUGGGGAGAAUUAUUGUAACGAACUAAGUUCAGCAUACUUAGAACAAUGUAUCAUGAGCAAAAUGCCCACACGAAGUGGAGUCGUACUUGGCAAGAUUAUGUUUCAAAUGUCCAACUGUGCAGUUGAGAAUUCUGAUGUAGGACUACGGAUUUGGACUGGUUCCAAGGGCCGAAUAACUAACUGUUCAAUAAUUAACAGCAAAAACGCUAUGGACAUUACAGACUAUAGCUCUGUCACAUUAGAAGGAGAUGUUUACUUAAGUAAUAAUGAAGGUUCGGAAGGAUUUGGUGCAAUUUCAAUAGAAAAUUCUGUAUUGAAUUUCACAGGAAAAACAGUGAUUGAAAAUACUCUUGGUGGAAAAAAGGCUGCCCUAACAUCUACUAACACAACCCUCUAUUUUCACGGUGAGACACGCUUUGUUGGAAAUCAAGGUUUCUAUGGGGGUGCCUUAUCCCUGUACAAAUACUCUAUAAUGCACUUUUACGAGAAUGCCAAUGUUGUGUUUACCAACAACCAUGCAUGGAGAAGUGGAGGAGCAAUAUAUGUCGACACAAUGAGCUAUGCACAACCUGGAAGUGAUUUACGAAAACAAUACAGCAUAGGAUACCAGUGCUUUUUCUAUCGUAAGUGUAGGCCUAAUAAAUGUGACAGAAAAAACCUACACUUCUGUAACAAUACAUCUGUCGAAGGAGGAGAUGCUAUUUAUGGUGGAUCAAUCAGUCGCUGUUACUUUAGAAAGUCAACAGCUGAAUCUGAAAGUCAUUGGAAAAAUAUAAACAAACGAGCUCUGCAAAAAUUCCAACAAGCAACAACAUUUUGUUCAAGCUAUAACACAUCUUUUCAAACAUCGGUCACAUCGUCACCAUACUAUCUUUGUUUCUGCCAGUCUAGUGGGAUAUUCUGCAACACAGUAGAGAAGAAAACAACCAUUGUACCUGGUCAAACAAUACAGCUAUCAGUAGUAGCAGUCGGUCAACUCCAAGGAGCUACAUUGGCCACAGCACAAGCAAGACUAAUGCUCCCAUACACUGAGCAACUAAAUUCAAACCGCCCGUACAUUCCACGAUCUCAAGCCAGACAACUCUUAGGGCUAACUUGCACCAAGGUACAUUACACUGUACAUGCUCCCAUAGGUAACCAAACACUAGUACUUGGCAUAAGUGAACUUGCUAAUGAAGAUGUGCGAAUGAGGCUAGCAGAGUUUACAGAUAACAAAUUUUUAAGAAAAGAAAUACAUUUCACAGAUGAAGUUCCUUUACUUCUUCACAUCAUCAUACAACCAUGUCUUCUGGGAUAUAUUUACAACACAGACAAUCUGGCAUGUGAAUGCCUUCAACCCAUAACCGCUGCUGGCAUACAGUGCAACAUUGACAAUCAAACAGUGAUCAGGUCUGGCACAGUAUGGGUGAAUGCAACUAACGACACAGUCAUAAUACACAGCCACUGCCCACUGGGUUACUGCAAUCAGAAACAAACCGAGCUAUCUCUAACUAACCCAAGUGUACAGUGCUCUUUCAAACGGUCAGGAACACUAUGUGGCCAGUGUGGAGGUAAUCUCAGUCAGAUGCUGGGAAGUUCAGAGUGUCAAGAAUGCUCUAAUCUCUGGUUACUGUUGAUUAUUCCUCUAACACUAGUCAGUGGAAUGUUAUUGGUGGUGUUGCUUAUGAGCAUGAAUCUCACCGUAGCAACGGGCACUAUUAACGGACUGGUACUCUACGCUAACAUACUCAGAGCUAACAAUGACAUCUAUUUCAGCGUUAAAACUUCAAAGAUAACGGAGAUAUGUAAUGUGUUUAUAGCAUGGAUCAACUUGGAUGUCGGUAUCGAGGUUUGUUUCUAUAACGGACUGGAUGCUUUUUAUAAGACUCUGUUCCAACUAGCUUUCCCUAUCUACAUAUGCACUAUUGCAGUUACUAUCAUAGUAUCAAGUCACUACUCUACAAGAGCUGCUAGACUAAGCGGAAACAAUGCUGUACAAGUUCUAGCCACUCUUUUUCUCCUAUCAUACUCUAAGAGUAUACGACUUGUGAUUACGAUAUUUUCAUUCACAACGCUUAACCUGGAGCACUACAAUAAUGGAACUAGUGUACCCAAACUUGUGUGGUUAUACGAUGGAAAUAUUGACUAUCUUCAAGGCAAACAUAUCGGCCUAUUUUUGAUUGGAAUUCUCAUUCUAGUUAUGGUCUCAUUCCCAUACACGGCUGUUUUCAUUUUCAUUCCGUGUCUACAGAAGGUGUCUCACUAUCGAUGGCUGACAUGGGUAUGGAAAAUGAAACCUUUAUUCGAUGCUUACACCGGACCAUACAAGAGCAAACAUCGGUAUUGGACUGGGCUAUUGCUACUGCUAAGAGUUCUCCUCUAUGCUACCUUUUCACUAAACAUAGCUGGAGACCCAUCCAUUAACUUGUUAGCCACAUCUCUAUUAAUGAUGAUCACACUCGCCUACUUACUGCUCAUUGGUAAUGUUUAUAAAUCGAGAGCACUCAGUAUUCUAGAGAAUGCCUUCCUAUUAAACCUUACCAUGCUAUCAGUGUGCAGUCUCUUUGCUCUAUUGACAGGCCGAGAUCAAGAAUUGAUUACUGACAUAUCCAUUGUUAUUACCAUGACGCUUUUCUGUGGUAUCUUAAUCUAUCAAGCAUACAUGCGUUUAAUGUCACUCAAGAUUAUGAAGAGGUUUGUAAAGAAACAAGAAGCAAGGGAAGAAGAGAACCAUGAAGAAGGUUACAAAGAGAGAGAGAAUAAUGUUGUCACUAUGCAGAUUGUGUCGAUUAGCGAUUUAGAAAAGCCACUUUUGGAAAUGGAACAUGUUACCUCCUAGCUAAAAGGCGUACUAUAUGUAGACUUUACACAACUAGAACACUUAUAGCUAAAGCAUAUUGUAGCCUUGUAGGGACAGUUUAAUAUUAUAGAUAGAUUUUGUCAUAGCACUUAC